AUGCUCGCCUCCGCCUUCAUUGCCUUCGCGCUCGCGGCAUCUGUGCUCGCGAUCCCGACACUCUUUGAAGCGCGUCAGAACAACCCUUGCGCGGGUUUCGCCUCGGGCUCUACUGACACACCGGGAUACAACUUCACACUUCAUGCCGUCCCCGUGGGCGCGAGCGCGAACGACACUGGAGAGCUUCUCGUGUUCGGCUACGGACCCGAGGGCGGCAGCAGCCCGGCUGCAGGCCUCCUUGCGCUUACUACGGAGGCCUCGUGGGGACAAAACCAAUGGCCGUUCAGCAGCAUGCAGAAUGGCUCAGUUUACCCGCAGCCUGGGCCCCAGGAGCAGGGUCUCUACGCGUACAGUAAUGGGGCUAACGCGGGUCAGGAGGUGAUCUUCGUCGACACUACGGCUCAGGAGGACAUCUUCACGCUGACUUCGGUGGGCGCUGGGAGCUUCUGCGCGGCUUUGGUCGACGAUGUUGUCGCACUCGCGGUCAACGGCGAUACCAACAGCUUUUCGCUGUGCAAUGCCACGUCGAACUGGGUCGAGGGUCAGGUCAAUGUGGUAUAUUCUCCUGUGGCAAACAACACCGACUACAUCUACGACACGUGCUCCCCGGUUCGCGUGGAGCUGAUUUCGUAUUAUGGUUGA